UCGCGCUCACCCCGGAAGCAUCGCGAGACUGGGAUCAGGAAGUACGUCACAGUGGCGUUAAAGAUCCACAGUCAAGUAGCGGACGGUCUGCUAUUGUUACCUCGAGCUUCGGCGGCCUUUUAUCGUUUUAUAACGACGUAUACGCGAAAUGGAGAGAAUGGAAGGUGAAGCACCCCCUCCUCCGAAGAAAGCGAAGAACGGUGGCAUUAAGAAAAAGCAGCAGCUCGGUGAUAUAGUGUUCACAGGUAAACAUGGCGCUAUCCAGACCAUGCCUUCCCUUGAGAAAAGACUCAAGACUGUCACCGACCCCGUGAUUGGUCUUCAGUUUGUGUGGGAAUAUCGGAGCCCUAGCAAGUCGGUCCCUCCGCACUACCUAUGUAGGCUCUGCAAGGUCCAGCGUCUGCAAAAUGAGAUGAGUGCACACAUCACUGGCUGGAAGCACUGCUUCAAAUAUCUGAAAAAGCACCAUCCCGACAAAGUUCCCCAGGAGGAGGAAGCAGCGGUAAAGGAUCCUGCUAUCCGCAGAGCUGUGAAAGAGAGCGCUGCUGAGGUGGAGAAGACUGAGGGACGGGGAAAGCUAAAGGUUGUGCUGAAGGAGCCUUUUGAGGUGCCGUACUUCCAAGCAAUGCCAUCUGCAAAGGUGAAGACCAAAAUGGGGAUACCUGGAUUAGAUACCAGGUUCCCGAGAGGUUUUCCGGAUGGCUUGGUUCCUGGGGACUUCCCUCCUUGUGGAAUGCGAUCCGACUUCCCCAUGGGCAUGCCGAUGCGGCGAUUCCCCGCAGACAUGCCCAUGAACAGCGGCGGUGGAUUCUCUGAUGGCAUGCCCAUGCCACGCAACAAUGGUGCCGGGCGUCCCUUUCCAGGCGGCAUGUCCAUGAGGAUGCCUGGGGAUGACAUGGGUAUGAAGAUGCGAGAUGGGGACAUGGAUUUAAGGCGCUUCCCAGACAACAGGCCCAUGGGAAUGGGCGGUGACAGCUUUGGCAUGGGCCUGAAUCCUGGCCGCCGCUUCCCAGAUGAUUUUUCUGGUGGUCAGCUAGGCGGCUCCAAUGACAGAAUGAUGCCUGGCAUGCCGAAGGGUCCAGAGGGCAACAGCCUCCCAGACACUCUCUUGAAGUACCUGGAUACCUUCCGCAUUGAGAAUGAAAAUGACGCUCAGAUCGUGUUGAAAGUGACUCAGAAGCUGACUGAUGUACUGAUGGAAUACAGACUUAGGAAUGUCUCCUCGGGAUCCAGUUUAAAGAACACUUCCUCUAUGAAUUCCAUGGGUUCACUGACUUCCAUGGGCUCUAUGAACUCGAUGAAUUCAAUGAACUCCAUGAACUUUGGCUCCCGAAGUGGAGGUGACCGGUUUUCUGGAAGUCUUUCAGGCUCAUCCAGAUUCUUCAACUGAUCGCUGUCCAUCCCAGUAGAUCUCCAGCUGCGGUGGUCCAGUGGGCCCUGACAUCAUCGAUGUCUUGGACUACAGUCUUUCAUGUUAAUAGUUUUGAUGGUUUUUCUUUUUAAAGAAGUUGCUCAUUUAAUCCCUACAUGUACUUUUUUUGUACAGCUGUUUUUAAAAAAUGGCUUUGCUUUAAAAUGGAGGUGGACCAACUUACCGGCUUGUAUGCAGUCACGCACAAUCGCAGUAGGUGAAACAGAAAUCACUCAUUUUAGGAUUAUGAGAAGUUACAUCAAACUUCAAUUUCAACAGGUUUUUGUAGGUGUUAAUAUUUGGAGAUUGUAUAAUUAAUGCAUACAAUAUUACUUAGGGGAGGGACAUACUAGCCUUUUGAAUGCUGCAUCCUGCUAUCCAAAUUUGUUACUCUGUCCAUUUCAGUAAAAAUUGGAAACCUG